CUCCUUUUCCUUGUUCACUCUACCUAAAUGAUACCCAAAGGGACUAUUUAAAGUGGUCUAUAAGAUAAAGUAUAUGUCAGUCAAGAAAAUCAGUGAAAUUGUCCAGUUGCCUUACUGAAGAAACGUUUAAUACAAUGAAGCACGAAUGCUCAAAUUGCCAUGUUUGGAGUAAUUGUUACAGGAAACUUACUCCUAAACUGUAUGAUUAUGCAGCGGAAAGGAGAAUAAAAUUGGAUAAAAGCUGUUCCUACAUUUGUAAUACCUGCUAUUGCCGACUUUAUCGCAUUAUCAAGAAAGGAAACGAGCCAGCAGCUCCAAGUGCAGUUAAUAUAGAAUGUGAAAAUCAAGAACUCACCGUUUCUGAACCAUCGAAACUUGAUGAUCUCGCCGUUGCCGGACCAUCAGGCACCAAUAAUUUCGCCGUGGCGAGACCAUCUAGAGUGAACAAUUUCGCCGCACCAGCAAACAUCAAUAAUGGUGGUUUCGAAAUAAUCGAUCCCAAUGCCGCUGGAUCAUCGGAAAUUGACGCUGUUCCUAGUGUUGAAUCUUUGUUUUCUUUGGAAUCAACGAGUGCUGAAUCAAUUCGUAGCGCUGGUAGAGGUGUGCGCCGCCGCGCCACGCCGCCGCCGCCGGCAGUUUUUGGCAGGCCGCCGCCGUGA